AGAAUCUCACAGAUGUAUAAUGCCCAACAACGGAGGAAUUUCCCAGGAUCCUCCAGUGCAAGUUACAGACACGGUCGAUAUACUUUAUACUACAGCCGUUUGUAUUCGAACUACCGUUCUGUAGAUUACCAGAACAAAGGAUAUGGGAGCAGUAAUGCUGAAUUGUGCUUUAAUAAAGACCUUGGGGGAAAUCGCACAAAUGUAGGUGCUUUCACAUGCCCCUUGCCGUUUGAGCCAUCCUAUUUUGUGUACUGUUGCGGUCAACAGAAUUCCCAGUAUUGUUGUGGCUUUUGGGACUUGU